AUUCCCAUUUCAAAGAUGGACCCAGAUAUUUCUGCAUUCGAUGACGACACUCCAAUGGAGGAAGAAAAGGAUUAUAGUAAUCAUGAUUUUGAAUUUCUGCAGCAACUAGAGUUACAUUCUGCUGCAGUAAAGUCAGUGGCUACUAAAAGUAUAUCAAAUAUAGAUUCUUCCGGAGAUAAGAGAGAACUUCUUUUGUCAGGAUCUUUCGAUAACUCUUGCAAACUCUACAUGCUGAUGGAAGAAACUGGAAAAUACGAGUUUAUACAAGAACUUAACCACCACGAUCAUUAUGUUUAUGAUGUUGCUUCUAAUUAUGGAGAGGGAUUCUUAACUGCAGGAAAAGACAAGAGGAUAUUCUUGAUCGAUAACAAUGGAAAUCCAGAGAAAAUGUUCGAGGGUCAUGAAAAUCUUGUGAACUCAGUUCUCCCAAUUGAUAACAAAAGGAUCGUGUCUGGAUCUUGGGACGGAACAGCUAAAGUUUGGGACAUUGAAACAACUAAUUGAUUGGCAACUCUUGAAGGACAUUUACAUGCAGUAUCUCUCUUUGUCUCUCCAGAUGGAAGAAUAAUUACUGGAUCUCAAGAUAACAAAAUCAAGAUUUGGAACAAUUCUUAUCAGCUUGAAAAAGAAUGGGAUGCACAUAAGGAUAUAGUUAGAAAAUUUGCAGACUAUAGCCCUGUUGGUUUUGUUUCAUGCUCGAAUGAUGGUUCAAUUAAGAUCUGGACUUACGAAGGUGAUCUUAUAGGGGAGCUCUCUGGACAUACAAGCUACGUAUUUAGUGUCAUUACGCUUCCUAAUAAUAUUAUUGUGUCUGGAUCUGAUGACAAGACCAUUAAAAUUUGGAAGGACAUGCAGUGUGUCCAAACUAUUGAAUGCCCAGAUACAAUUUGGGACCUUCAAGUUAAUUCCUUGGGAGAUAUAAUAAUUGCCUGUCAAGACUAUAAAAUAUACACUUUCACAAGAGAUCCAACAAGAGCAGCUAAGGGAAAAGAACUUUCUGAGUUUAGAGCUAAUGUUGAGACAUCAAAUAAAGCUGGUGAACUGAAUGUAGAAACUCUCCCAACAACAGAUCAAAUGGAUCAGCAUGCUGGAAAGAAAGAAGGGGAAAUCAAAGUUUUUAAGGAUAAUGGAAUUCCUAAAGCUUACGUAUGGAAAUCAUCAGAGAGGAAAUGGGAUCUUAUAGGUGAAGUUCAGUUGCCUACUGGGCCUCCCCCUCCUACAACUAAACAUUAUGAAGGAGAUAGGCUUUUUGAAGCAGGAGAGUAUGAUCAUGUUUUCGAUGUUGAAAUUGGAGAUGGAGUUAUGAGAAAGUUACCUUUUAAUAAUGGAGGAAACUCUGAUGAAGCAGCUAACAAAUUCUGAGUGAGAGAAGGAUUUGGAAAACAAAAUCUAGAACAAAUUACUCAAUUUAUCAAAACAAAUUCUGUUCCAUAUGCGACAAGGGAUACUACCGGAGUUUCUUCAGAACCAUCUGGAUCAUCUAAACCAAAGCCAAAGUCAUUACCAAUGCAGACUUAUCUCUUCUAUGAUGCAGUUAAAACUGAUAAACCUGCCGAAAAGAUUAGAGAAGUUAACACAGAACUUAAUACUGUUGAGGAAAAGAAUAUCAAAAACUUAGACAGAUUAAUAGAAGUUAUUUCUGACAAAGCCCACUAUCAUUCUUCUGAGCUAUUCAAAGGAGAAUGGGAUGUGUUUAAGAAGCUACUCUCUUGGCCAUACAAGCACAUUCUUCCUGUCCUUGACUUGUUUAGAAUGUUCUUGUGUCACUCUCAAGCUAGUGAAAUGUUUAAGGUGUAUGAACAUGGAUGUGAGCAUUUGACCAAAUUCCUUAGUAUUUUAGAAUUAAAGGAGGAGUCUAUGGCAAAUCACCUCAUGUCUCUUCGUUGCCUGGUGAAUAUGUUCAAGCAUCCUUCGUCCAUAUUUAUCAUGAUAAGUAAAUUUGAGAAAAUUAUUGAUAAUGUUGCUGAUUAUAUCUCUCAUGAGAAUAAAAAUGUGAGAAAUGCUGCUAUCACAGUAUUGCUGAACUAUUCUAUUGCUUUUCUCACAAGAAAAGAUGAUAAUCAGGGGAGAGUUCAAUCAAUUGCUUGCCUUAUAGAGGCUUUAGACCAAGAGAAAGAUGCUAACAACUACAUGAGAAUUCUAGCAACUGUUGGAAAUCUCUUAUUCGAAGAUGAAGAAGUUCAAAGCCUUGCUGGUGACCUUGGAUUAGGAGAAAAGUUGCCAUCAGUAGAAGCCUUUAAGGGAAAAGAUAUUUAUGAGAAGUCCGCAAAGUAUGCUGAAGACAUUAAGAUAAUGCUGGGAUAAACAUUUAAUUCUUGAAUCAGGCUCUA